AACGCAUUCAUUUUACUCUUCUCUUAACUCAGAUCAUCUUCUUCUUUGUCCCACUUACUGCCAGCUCCUCAUACACGCAUCAUCCUCAUCGUUUCCAUGUCCGCCACUCGCAUCCGCCGUCUCGGCGCCGCAAUUGCCGCCGCAGCCGGAGGCACCGCAAUUCUACUGAGCGCUCCGUCGCUCUCCGGAAACGACCGCGGAAGCUCUCUCUCGCUCGACGCCAUCAAGCGUCAGAUAAACGACUCAAACGGCGUGGUUCCGUCCAGAGCCGUUCAGGAGUCUUCUUUGAUCGGCGCUCACUCUGGUAAUCCGCUUGACCUUCUCGUGAUCGGAGGUGGCGCCACGGGCUCCGGCGUGGCUCUUGACGCUGCCACGCGAGGCCUUCGCGUUGGACUCGUUGAAAGAGAGGAUUUCUCGUCCGGUACGUCUUCACGAUCGACGAAGCUGAUUCACGGAGGAGUCCGCUACUUAGAGAAAGCUGUCUUUAACCUUGACUAUGGGCAAUUGAAGCUGGUAUUUCAUGCACUUGAGGAGCGUAAACAGGUUAUUGAGAAUGCACCACAUCUCUGCAAUGCUUUGCCUUGCAUGACACCCUGUUUUGAUUGGUUUGAGGUAGUAUACUACUGGAUGGGCUUGAAAAUGUACGAUUUGGUCGCAGGACGGCGCCUGUUACAUCUGUCUAGAUAUUAUUCUACGCAAGAGUCUGCUGAGCUCUUCCCCACUCUUGCAAGGAAGGGUAAAGAUAGAAGCUUGAGGGGUACAGUGGUUUACUAUGACGGGCAGAUGAAUGACUCUCGUCUUAAUGUUGGAUUAGCAUGCACUGCUGCAUUAGCUGGUGCAGUGGUGCUUAACCAUGCAGAAGUUGUAUCCCUAAUUAAGGAAGAGGCUGGCGAACGGAUAAUUGGUGCUCGAAUUCGAAACAAAUUAUCAGGCAAAGAAUUUGAUACCUAUGCAAAAGUUGUUGUGAAUGCGGCUGGGCCAUUUUGUGAUGCUGUAAGGAAAAUGGCUGACAAAAAUGUACAACCUAUAAUCUGUCCAAGCAGUGGUGUUCAUAUUAUUCUACCUGAUUACUAUUCUCCUGAAGGAAUGGGUUUGAUUGUUCCUAAAACCAAGGAUGGACGUGUGAUUUUCAUGCUGCCAUGGCUGGGAAGAACUGUUGCUGGCACGACAGAUUCUAACACUAGCAUAACUUUGCUUCCAGAACCACAUGAAGAUGAGAUUCAGUUUAUACUGGAUGCCAUAAGUGAUUACCUUAAUAUUAAGGUACGACGCACAGAUGUUCUUUCUGCGUGGAGUGGUAUUCGACCAUUGGCAAUGGAUCCAUCAGCAAAGAAUACUGAGAGUAUCUCCAGGGAUCAUGUUGUAUGUGAAGAUUAUCCUGGUUUGGUCACAAUUACUGGUGGAAAGUGGACAACAUACCGAAGCAUGGCAGAAGAUGCAGUUAAUGCCGCUAUAAAGUCUGGAAAGUUGAGUCCAAGCAAUGGAUGCUUAACGCAUAACCUGCGGCUUAUUGGUGGAGACGGAUGGGAACCUUCACAUUUCACUGUUCUUGCUCAACAAUAUGUACGCAUGAAAAGGACGUAUGGUGGUAAAGUUGUUCCAGGGGUUAUGGACACUGCUACCGCAAAGCAUCUGUCUCAUGCAUAUGGCACAUUGGCAGAAAAAGUUGCUACCAUAGCUCAGAAUGAAGGUUUGGGAAAGCGGCUUGCCCAUGGGUACCCUUUUUUAGAGGCUGAGGUUGCUUACUGUGCCCGAUAUGAAUACUGUGAAUCUGCUGUAGAUUUCAUUGCUAGAAGAUCUCGGCUUGCAUUCCUUGACACUGAUGCAGCAGGCAGGGCAUUGCCACGCAUCAUUGAGAUAUUAGCCAAGGAACACAAUUGGGAUAAGUCAAGGCGGAAGCAAGAGUUUCAGAAGAGUAAAGAAUUCUUGGAGACUUUCAAAUCCUCAAAAAAUGCUCAGUUCCAUGACGGGAAGCACAAUUAGGUCUUAAGUUCAGGCAAAAGCUCAUUUUUUUUUAAGAGAUUGAUUUUGGCUUAAUCCCUCUUCCAGUAAGUCUCCAAGGUUGUGCUGGCGUGAAAAAAAAAAAAAAAAAAAUUAACCACUUCUUGUCCAAUUCACUCACUUUUGAGCUUGUGUCACACUGGUGUCUAUCAAAAUAACGAUCCAAUUCUUCUGCGUUCCGGUUCCCAUUUUCAUUCAGCCACUUCUCCAAGGUCUUUUUAUAAUUAUUGUUACUGAAACUAGUGAAGAAUUGUGAUUACAUUUUUUAGUUGUCAGUUCUUUUUCUUGUAUAUUUUCAAUAAAGAAAUGCAGAAUUGCAUUGAAUUGACUUCGUUGCCAA